AUGGGCUCUCCCUUCGACAUCAAUGGCGGUGCCUGUGUCGCGAUGGUGGGCAAGGACUGCGUCGCCAUCGCCUGCGACCUCCGCUUGGGCAUGCAAGCCCUGACCAUUUCCAACAACUUCCCCAAGAUCUUCAACUACGCUCCCUCCACCUACCUUGGCCUGACUGGUCUCGCAACCGAUGUCAACACCGUCUCUGAUCUCUUCCGCUACAAGGUCAACAUGUACCGCCUGCGUGAGGAGCGCCAUAUUGCCCCCCAGACCCUGGCCAACCUGGUCAGCUCAUCGCUGUACGAGAAGCGCUUCGGUCCUUUCUUCGUGAGCCCAGUGCUGGCAGGUAUCAACCAAACGACUGGGAAGCCGUUUAUUUGCGGGUUUGACAGCAUCGGCUGUAUCGAUUUCGCCAAGGAUUUCAUUGUGAGCGGUACAGCGAGCGACCAGCUGUUCGGUACCUGUGAGGGACUGUGGGAGCCGGAUCUUGGCCCCGAGGACCUGUUCGAAACCAUCUCCCAAGCACUGCUGAGCGCCGUCGACCGAGACGCUCUCUCUGGCUGGGGUGCCCAGGUGUAUAUUAUAGAGAAGGAUAAGGUGACCCAGCGGCUACUGAAGGGACGGCAAGAUUAA